GCCGGAUUGGGCCCCGUACAUAGCACCUCUCCCAGCUGUGACAUCGUCAACCCACCCAGAUCGGUUUUCGUUUGCCCCUUUCAAUUCCACCCCGUGUUCGAACCAUUCUUUUGUGGUCCCAUCGCUUGUAUAAGCUAGCAAUCCUGUCCUCUGAUCUAUUCCUCUCACAAAACAGCACCACUAUUGCCUAUCAUGAACGCAGCCCACACCAGAAAGUCCUCUCGCCUUCGCACAUUAUCCUCUAGAGCCAAGGAGUCUGACUUGAAGGCAGCCCUCGCAGGCGCCAUCGUACAGCCUGUUGCGACCGUGCCUACCAUUAAGGAGCAACCACAGCGGAAAAAGAGAAGAUUGGCAGCUCCAAAGCCACUAUCCUCCGCGGUUCCCUCCUCCCCUGUGGCUUCACAGGCGUCCGACUCCAGUGCCCAUUCCUCCGAAGCCGAAGGCGACCAUCUUUUGUCGGAUGCGUAUGGCGAAGAGAAUGACGACACGGACUUGUCUGACUACGAAGACAUCCUCCCAGCGUUUAAGGCCGUACGCGCUGAUAACUACGACCCGGUUGAAAGAUUGUUGAACAUGGCCUAUCACCAGGAGGAUAUUCUUUCCUUCAGCGAGGAAGAUCCGGUGUUGUCCUUCGCCGACGACAUGACGAAUGGCGCUGAGGCUGUCUGCGCCACCCAGUUCAGAUCCUUCGCCGAGCCUGCUGCCAACGAGAGCCUGUCGAUCGAGGAGCAUUUCUUGAACUCGACGUUUUCAAUCUUGGACCACAGCAACAACAAUACCAGCACCUUUUUGCCUCCGUCACAGUCCUUCUCGCACACUCAGUUCGACAUGCUCGCCCAACCAUUGGUGGCCUCAUCCUUUGAUGAUGCUUCCACUUCGUUUGAGGAGUACGUCUCCUACGAAUACAUGACCUCUGACUCUGAAGUCGAGGAAACCACUUCGCCAGUCGCCACCAAGUCAUUGUCUUUCCUCGACGCUAAGCGCAGACCGUUGGAGUACCGCCACCACGAGAAGCUCAACCUUGCCCUUCCGGAGACCGUUGACGGUCCUGGGAGACCCCACUACAAGCUCAUGACCACGCCACUCACUUCGCAAGCCCAGCACAGGCAAAACAUCAAGAACUUGUACAAGGUGAUGAACAAGAGAAGUGUUAUCAGCGGCAAGGCCUACAGCGAAAUGGUUGGCACCGGCGUCGGCAUGAGCGAGCUUUUCUUGUAACGAUCCCAUUCCUUUCCAUCUUGUUAUCCCUCUAUUCUACCAACUUGAACAUAUCCCCUUCCUUCGCACGUUUUUAUUUGCUUCAACUUCUACUUGGGCAUUUUGCAUGGUUUACUUCACCCCACUUUUUCUCACCGGAUGCUUUCUAGUUCUUGCCUCUUUCUAUUAAUUCGUUACCAAUUUCAAGUUGGUGUGGAUGGAUAAUGACUGGAAUUCCCUACAAUAUUAUCAGACCCAGACGGGUUUCACGCUCUGUUGUCUUCAUGACUUAUGAACCCACUGCCCGAAUUAUUUAUGUACAUGUUUACGGCGGUUUUUUUUUUGCACUUUUU